GGUAGCAUGACAGCGGCCGUUCUCGCACGCGUCCGCGAUGCUAUGGACUUUUAUUCUCGAUGACUUUCGUCGGCGCUUAUCGCGACGAAAAAUUCUUCUUCGAUAUCGGUUUCGCUCUUCUUCUCCUUGACUUUCCUCUCCUUUCGAAAAUCGCUCGCGGCGUCCCGUCUUUACUUACCGCAGAUUCGCCACCUUCGCCGCUCAGUGAGCUUUAAAAAUACUCGAAUUAUUCGAACCGAUUCUCUCGUUCGAAAGUAUUAUGCGUCAAAUCUGGUACGAAAACAAAAUCGCAGUCAAUUGUAAAGUACGAUCAUUAAACACGAUUGUUAAAUGUAAUCCGUGUCAUCUUUUCAAAACUCCCGCGCAAUGCAUUCUGGGUAAUUUCUUGAAACUCGAAACCACGUGAUCAAUUUGAAACGCAUCCUGGGUAAUUUCUUGAAACUUGAAAUCACGUGAUGAAUUUGCGAUGCAUUGUGGGUAAUUUCUUGCAAAUCGCGGUUCCGUCCGCGGGAGACUCGCGCUGCUCCUAGUUCUCGUUUACGUUUUUCCGUAUUUUUGCUCGACAUGACGGAACAAAUUAUCGCGAGUGAUUAUCGAAAGUUGCUUAUCGAUGCCGGGAGUGCGUGUGAGUGUUUAUACGCGAGUGCAUGCGUUUCUCGUCGAAUAAUUAGCUUUAAAGUCACGGGGUGGUUCGAGACUGUGUUUUCCGAACGAACGGUGGUGAACGAUCAAAGAAAUUUGUCAAGUAUGCGAUUCGAUCGCGUCGGAAACUUAAUCGCGAUAAAGAAAAACGCGUAUUAACAUUAUUUUCGUGAUCAGUGAUAAUCGAUGUGACAGUGUGUUGGAAGAUUACGAGAGGACGAGGUGCCGUUCAAAGGGGACCCAUUACCAGGGUAAUCGUUAUCUCUGCGAUCCUGUAAACAGUUUUAUCUCGUUCGAUCGGAGACCCCCCUGGAGUUAGACGACAGCCCAAGGUACGUUAAGCGCGAUUCAGCCGUACGAUUUUUAGCGGGAAAACAAGAAUCUGAUCGGGAGUAAGCGGAGAGGAUCCGGAUAUGGAAGACGAGGAUUUUGGUUUCACGAAGAGAAACGAUAAUAUUCUGAAGAACGUCGACGACGAGAGCAAGAGCGAUAAGGGUAGUAACCCGCCAAAUAGCAAGGCAGGAGAGACGGUUGGCGGGUCCGUGAUGACAGCGCCAUUAUCCGGGGCGACGGAGGCCGGAAACGCCGUCCCUGAGCGGGCAGCGAUCGCCUCUUCGUCCUCUCCGGCUUCCUCAGUCGUUUCCAACCCGCCGAACAUACCGAACGUGGUCGAGUAUCACCUGAAAGUGAAGCCAGGACAAACGCAAAAGGUUUGCGAGCUCGAUAACGCACCAGGAAGUCGAUGCAUAGAAGGAAUGAAGAAAGAAACGAAAAGUCCCACGUCCUCCAACGACAAGAAGAAAGAUCUCGUGUCUAAGUUAUCUCGUCUAUCGAUCGACAAUAACGUGUUCGAAGGUUCGACGGACCUACCUCAGGUGUUUCAGGUGAAAUAUCUGGGCUCUCAUGACGCGAGGGGUCUCUGGGGCAUCAAACACACGAGAAGACCCGUCGAUAAUAUGGUGGCUGCCGCGAAGGCUUUACCGACCAACACGAUGCUUCCUCUGAUCAAGCUGGUCGUGUCCCAGGAAGGCGUUGCUCUGCUGCCUCUCGAGAAACGAAAACAGGAACCGAACUUCGCCAGGAUGUACUCCAUCGAGACGAUAUCGUACGGCGUUCAGGAUCUCGUCUACACCAGAGUGUUUUCCAUGAUCGUGGUGCGAGAAACGGAGAACUUUAGAAGAGUCUCGCCGUUCGAGUGCCACGGUUUCGUGUGCGAGUCGAAACACCAUGCGAGACAAUUGACUUACGCGUUGGCUGCGGCGUUCGAUGUGUACUCGAAGACUGUCAGGGCUCAGGACAAAAUGGCAGAGAUGGCAGGCAAAAAUCCUAAAAAGAGAUUCGCUAUUGACCUGAGGAGUCCCGAAGAAAUCGAGGCGGAUCUCGCUGCGGAUUCCGAGGCUUAAAGUUUUCCUCCUGUUUUAUUUUUUCGUUGACUCGGUAAAAUCGUCGAGGGAAACCGUUAUGCAAGAUCGCUGGAAUGCGAGGACAACACAGGGUACGCAUCGUUGAAGAUGCCUAGUGUAUAUAGAUUCCGACAGCGUGAACUCGUUUAAGAGAAAUGUAUCGUUUUUUUAUUUACUAAGAUAUAUCGUGAGUCGAAAUGCAUUUGAGAUUUUACUUGUAUAAAUAGAUAUUUUGUAUCCGAUAGGCCAGCGGCUGUUCAGAAGAUAGCUCCUUUGAUUAAAAUGUACUUACAAGCUGAGAACGUAGACACGUGCUUUAGGAUCCUAUGUAAAAAUCGUGAAACUGUUUGCGAGAGUUGGUGUAACUGUUGAUCGUUAAUUUAUCGGCAUUUACGAACGGAGGAAUAGGUGCUGCCUUUCCACGACAUAAUGGCUAGUUAUCCAAAGAUACGAAAUAGAAAAAGAAGACCGAGAGUCACCGAAAUUUCGGUGAUUUUUGCAAUUUCAUAAAACAACGGAUGUCGAAUUAAAAGAGAAAAAAAAAUUGGAUUUAUUUCUAGCCGCUUUGCGUGUGUUUGCGUGUGUGUUCUUUUCGUUUUGCACUGUACAGUAUCUUUAUUUUAAACCUGCCCUAUUUAAUUUAUUUCCAAUCUAGCGUUAAGCCACAAAACCAAUAUCGACACACAUAUCAGUUGUUGUAAAUAAACGAUUAACGUCGUUAACGAUGCUGUCUUAGCACCGUACUAAUUAGUCCUAUUUUUUUAUUUAGCAGUUAAGUUCCUUCGAGUCGCACGGAUUUGUUUUCCAUUCGCACGUUUAGGCUUGGGACAUUUGUGUAACUCCUCUCGCGCACGAGACAACCGCUUGAUCGUAGAUACUUUUAUUAUCAGUAUUACAGAUUUGUACCACUACUAUGUACAAUAAAUUUUUCACAGAGAUUCUAAAGUCGCGUUACUACGGACUUACGCGGAGAACCACUCCAAAAUACUCUUAAGCUAACUUAUUUUAGGCAAGCAGACACAACUGAGCUUAUUUCGAU